AUUCUAGCACUUUAAGUCAUUGAUUGGAUGAUCUAGUCUUGUGAGGCCAAUUAAUGCAAGCACCAUUUCGCCUUAUGAAAACACCAUUUUCCAAGAUGACGGUAGUAGCAUCCCAAAUUGUUAAAUUUUCCGGGAAGCAUUCCCCAGGGCCCUUGUUUUUGAAUUUCCAGGAUCUGCCCUGACUGCCAAGAAGCCUUGAAUAAUAUAAACUGUGUUCCUCUUCAACGUGAACGGAAAAACUUGUGACAUACCAACGGGUAUAUCGUUCAAGUUUGUUUCUUUUUUCUCCUGUAUUGUAGCUGUUAAAAUCACGAUAACGCUAAUUGAGUCAAGUUAGCAUAAACAUGACAAGAUCAGCAAAAAUAGCCUAUGACUAAUCCACUAAGCGCGAUCCAUGUUCGCUGAUUUUUACUCGUUGAUCAGCUCCGCCAGUUUCAAAUAUUUCAUUGUAUCAAAUCACUGUGCGAACGAUGAGUAGCAAUGGAUUUAAAUGCAACUGGAGUUAUCCUGCCGGAGGUGAACGAAUAAGCGGUCUUUAAAGAUGGAUUUUGACGAAGGUGUUAAUCUUACCAAAGAAGCUACACAGAAAAUCCUGGACAAGCUGGUCUACAACAAACAUCCAGCCACUGUAACUGUGAUAGAGAUCGUGGCAGUGAUUGGUAUCGUAGUGUGGGGCGCGGGAUAUCGGCUUAUUAGGCCGUGUAUGUUCCUUGCUGGUUUCGUUUUGGGUUUUCUCAUUUUCUAUGUAUUUAGCCCGUUGAUUUUUAAGACGCAGCUCUGCUGUGGACCAAACGGCAAGGAAAUAGCUCAUGUUCUUUUCAGUGCGUUAGUCGGAGUGUUCGGCGGUUUCUUGGGAUGUCGGUUAUACAGACUUGGUGUGUUCACAAUAGGAGAGUGCUUAGGACUGAUUGUUGGACUGAUGAUACUAAGCACUCCUCUUUACAAAUACUUUCACAGUAAUAUUGCUUAUGCCGCCCUAAUGGCAUCAGUAUCACUUAUGUUUGGGUCGCUGGCUCACUUUUAUGAGAAACCAGUGGUUGUCAUAGCAACAGCUUGCGCUGGCUCGCUGGCUGUGCUUUAUGGGGCAGAUUAUUUUCUACGGACAAGUUUUUCUGUUACAAUAGAGAGCUCUCUGUUGCGAAUCAGGGACGUUCUUUGGGAUGGCCUGAGAUCAGAGCUCUCAAAUUGGACCUACAGGGCUAAAAUUCCGGACCAUCUGGCCGUCCGUUUUACCAGUAACUCCAUCCCAGUGUUUGUGUGUUGGGGUGUUAGUACAGCUGUAGGAGUCGCAAUACAGUACAAGAUAACAGCUAGCAACUUAAACAGUGGAUCCAGUCUCCUACAGUUCUGCAACUGCUGUGAUAGACCCAGACCAGACAGAUGACAUAUCACAUGGUCAUCACGUGCCACGCAAGCUGGUCAAUAAUCAGAAAACACUGAUGACAUAUGAUCAGCUUGCCACGUGCAAGUCAAUUGGCCCAUAGUCAUACACGACUGCUUGGCAAUCGUGGGCUUUUCAAGUUCAACUAAUUUGGCCAAUCAUCAAACACGACUGUAAAUAAAUCACUAGCUCGUCACGUGUACCCUUAACCAAUCAAUCAUCAUGCCCGACUGUAAACCAUGAGCUUGUCACAUGCAACACAAACUAGCCAAUCAUCAUACGCGAAUGGAGAUCAUAA